AUGUCUACUGAGAUUGAAGUUCCUGUUGAGUCUGUUGGUGCUGCUGCGCCGCAGGGUAUGCGAAAGAAUGGCAAGCAAUGGCACGUACCGAAAACCGCAUUCCGUCCCAAAGCAGGAAAUGGCACAUACGAGAAGAGACAGGCAGAGCGUGUGGCUAUGGCAGCGGUGAAGGCGAAGGAGAAGGAGAUGAAGGAUGAGAAGGAGGCUGCUAGACAGGUCAAGAUCCAAGCUAUCAAGGACAAGCGGGCGAAGAAAGAGGAGAAAGCCAGAUUCGAGAAGUUGGCUGAGACUAUGCACCGAAAGAGAGUAGAGAGACUGAAGAGAAAGGAGAAGAGGAAUAAGAUGUUGAAAUCUUGA